UCACACCGUGACAAAGCUAAAGAAAUUAACAAUUUCUGCGCAGCACAUUCAUAGUCGUUAUCCAAAUAUAUUGCUAAAAGCUGAGUAAUUAGUGCUUGAUUCCUUGUGUGGAUUCCAUCUUCUAGUGACAGCUGAGCCUCCCUUCCUCACCCACGCUGUUGUUGCUUUACACAUCCGCUUUCUGUCGUCUCUCUGCCUUUUCAGUUGCCAUUCCCAUUUAUCCGAGCUGAACUACAGGUGGAUGUCCCAUUGUUUACGGAACUACCUCCGCUACCUCCUCCGACGGACCUCUUUCAACGCUAUUUUCAAUCUUAUCCAAGAUGGUCACGUUGCAAGUGGCGCGACCGCUGGUUCACAUGAAUGAAUACCGGCCGUUGAUCUCCUCAUCUCUGGGGAGGUUGAAGCUGGUGAACGUUGCUGUGAACAAUGCGAUUGGACUGAAGCGGAGUUGUAGAGGAUGUCGGUUCUGUUGCGAUGCUGUUGCUACUGGUUUUUUCCAACCAUUUAAAGCGUUGACGAACAAUUGCUCUGCGAUUCACGGUAAAGGUUGCCAUGAGACCUCAACUGGUGGGAAGUCGACAAAUAUCGUCUGGCAUGAUUGCCCCGUCAGGAAGCCUCAAAGAGAAAAGUUGAUUCAGCAGAAAGGCUGUGUCAUAUGGAUAACUGGUCUUAGUGGUUCAGGAAAAAGCACUUUGGCAUGUGCAUUAAGCCAAGGCUUACAUUCAAGAAGAAAGCUGACCUACGUCCUUGAUGGCGACAAUAUUAGGCAUGGUCUAAACAGUGAUCUUAGUUUUGAAUCCAAAGAUCGAGCGGAAAACAUAAGGAGAAUUGGUGAGGUAGCAAGCCUAUUCGCAGAUGCUGGGAUUAUUUGUAUUGCUAGUUUAAUAUCCCCUUUCCGGAAGGACAGAGAUGCCUGUCGAGCUCUGUUGGCAGAAGGCGAUUUCAUUGAGGUUUUCCUUGAUGUGCCACUUAAGGUAUGUGAAGCCCGGGAUCCAAAGGGUCUGUAUAAACUGUCCAGAGCAGGAAAGAUUCAAGGAUUCACGGGGAUAGAUGAUCCAUAUGAAGAACCAUUAAAUUGCGAGAUUUUAUUGCAAUACAAAGAAGGAAUCUGCUCGUCCCCUAAUGAAAUGGCGGAAGAAGUAAUUUCAUAUUUAGAAGAGAGAGGGUACCUGCAAAAUUAAGAG